UUGUAAACUUGGCCCGAGUGUUUUAAUAAAACUUAGCUGAUUAACCAGAGAAAGCCCUAAAGUACAGAAAAUGGAAGCCACUGAAACGGUUCUUUGCACGUUGCUUGCCGUCGACCUCACAGAUUAUUGCUACAGAGUUUGUUCUCGCUGCCAAAGAGUUCUUCCCUCAGACAACAAUGGCGUUACCUCUUCAUCACUAUGCAAAAUCUGCGAUUCAAAAGAGCCAAAACUUCUCUACCGGAUUCUCAUGUCAAUAGCAACAGAUACAUCAGUGAAAACUGUGAUCUGUUUUGAUAGAGCUGCGACUGUUCUCUUUGGUUGUUCAGCUGAUGAGUUCUUCCACUUCACAAAGCUCAAUCCUUUAGCCGCAUCAAUGGUGAAUCAGGUCUUUGAUGGAGAAAUGCUAAGGAUGACAUUGACUCGGCCUCACAACCGAAACGCUCAACACAUGAGAGUUGCUUCAGUUGUUCCUCUAAGAUCAGGAUUUCAGCCUGCAAUUGUAACCCUGAGACAGAUUUGCAUAAAGAAUGCUUCUUUGGGGAAUUGCUCCACAACAAAUCACAAUCUCUAAUGUUAUAAAUGCUACAAUCAUAAGUUGUUUGAUAUCUUUCUUUUCUUACA